GGAGGUGGGAGGACGGAGGAAAACGGCUGGUCGGUUCAGCAGCAUCCCAUCGGUAGCUUUUAUCUAUGUAGCAGUAAUCCGAGGAGAAUGCAAUCAUUGCGCAAAGCGCAAACAUUGUAUGCUGCAAUCGAAUAAUAAGCGUGGAUAAACCUGAUCUCCGACCAUGGCUUCAGAUAUCACCCCUGAGGCCAUCGGCUUCCUGUCGGCGGUGGGCGUCUUUGUGGUGGUGCUGGCUGUGCUCUUCCUCUUCAUCAACAAGAAGCUGUGUUUCUCCCGCGUGGGGGGCCUGCCCUGCCUGGAGCAGUACAGCAGGAAGAAGCGCUCCCGGGACAAGGCGGGGAUCCACCAGGGCCUGGUGAACAGCUACGGGGACGACGAGAAUCAGUCCACGUCGUCGGACAGCGAGGACGAGAUCAUCAAGCAGUUUGAGAUCUCCGUGUCCCGCUCCCAGAGCUUCCGCUCGGCGGCGGCCGAGAGCGGGCCGCAGGCGGUGCCCGGGCGGCGCCACAAGUUCACGCGCCUGCUGUCCGACCAGGAGGAGGGCAGCACGGAGCCCUCGGACUGCGAAGAUGUGGACGGGCUCAGCAGGCUGAGUUACCAGGACCCUCUGACGUACGGGGACGAUGAGCGUGGCUCCCUGGGGUCCCAGGACACGGCGGACGGGAUGGAGCCCGGCGGGCGCAAGGCCUCUGCGGGAACGGAGGGGAGCCUGGCCCCCAGCCUGAGCAGGCAGGCCACAGAGGGCAGCCUGGAGAUGGAGACCGCUGUGGACAACCAAGGCUACGACAACAAUGACGCCACGGACAGCUCCUCCACCUGGAGCCCGGAGGAGCAGGCCACAGGGGAGGCUCUAUCCCAGCCUCCCAGCGCCCACGUCCCGAUCUCCAAGUGCGGCGACCUCAUCAUCAUCCUGGACUACAAGGCGGAGGCGCAGAAGCUGCUGGUGACGGUGGUGACGGCGCGCAACAUCCCUGACAAAGAGCGCAGCGGCAUGGACUCCUGGCAGGUGCACGUGGUCCUGCUGCCGGGCAAGAAGCAGCGCCACAAGACCGGCGUCCAGCGCGGCUCGGCGCCCCGCUUCAGCGAGACCUUCCGCUUCUCCCGCCUGGACCCCUCCGAGCUGGGCGGCUCCGCCCUGCGCUUCCGCCUCUACGCCGUGGGCAAAAUGUCCCGGGAGCGCAUGAUGGGCGAGGCGCUCUUCCACCUCCGCGGCCUCAGCCUGGACGGAGAGAUGGAGGCCACGCUGGUGCUGGAGCCCCGCAGCAACAUGAAGAGUGCAGACUCCCAGCUCAGCCUGUCUGCCAUCUCUCAGAGUGACAGUGCCUCGUCCACUCAGUCCCUGUCCCACGGAGGGGUCCCUGAGCUGCUCGUCGGUCUGUCCUACAACGCCACCACAGGGCGGCUCUCUGUGGAGCUCAUCAAGGGCAGCCACUUCCGCAACCUGGCCAUUAACAGGCCACCUGACACCUAUGGCAAGCUGACACUGCUGAACUCCAUGGGGCAGGAAAUCUCCCGCUGCAAGACGUCCAUCCGGCGGGGGCAGCCCAACCCGGUCUACAAGGAGACCUUCGUCUUCCAGGUGGCCCUCUUCCAGCUGAGCGACGUCACCCUCAUGAUCUCCAUCUACAACCGGCGCAGCAUGAAGCGCAAGGAGAUGGUGGGCUGGAUCUCCAUGGGCCAGAACAGCAGCGGCGAGGAGGAGCAGCUCCACUGGCAGGACAUGAAGGAGUCACGCGGCCAGCAAGUCUGUCGCUGGCAUGUGCUGCUGGAGUCCUAAAAACCCAGGUCACAGUCCUCCUCAGCCUGCCUCACAGCCUUGACAUUUUGGGCUUCGGGAUCUCAACAACUGCAUCUCCCUCCCCGUACAAGUAUCUGCUAAUGGAUGCGAACGGAACUCCUCCCUCAGUCAGUGAAAGCCACUGUCUGCUUGAGAGGGGCUGCUCGAGUCUCUCCGCUCAUCCUGAAGGAAGUGCUGCGGCCAUCUCUGGAAGCCUCUUCACAGAGGGCCCAUUCAACUCCCAUCUGCUCUCCACUAUGAGACACUGUGCUCAGCUGCUGCGCUAGGAUGUGGUGUUCUUUUUUUCCCAUUUAGUCAUAAUUAGUAAGAUCCUCUUUGAAUGAUAGGCUACAAGGUGAUGCUAAUAUAUAUUGCCAUGCAUGCCUUGCUUCACUGGCUCCUCUGAAUGGCUGUUGUAAUGGCUCCUUGUAUCAUGCUGCCUGUAAAAUCUCUGUCCUCAAGGUGCAUUAUUCUAAAGGGUGCUGGGACAACACAGUGCAGCGGUGGUAAACCAAAAAGGACUGAACAAUUGCUGUAGAACUCAGUUUUUAAUGAUGCUACUUUGUAUACCUGUACUCAGGUCAAGUUGACAUAAUUAAUCGACACAAUGAAUCAUUCUUUGGCUGUUUUACUGGUUUUACUUAUUAUUUAGCUUUAUCUUCAAGCUACUUAAUUUUACCCAAAUUUAAUAAAUGAAAUGCUCUUUAUUCAUGAUGAGCUAUGGGCCCAACUUAACCUGAAUUUGGGUUUAGUGGAGCUUAAAACAGUCAUUAAGGAAUGGUGGGGUUGGUUACUUUAUCAAGUGUACUCAUACAUGUAUGCUUCUGUUGACAGUCAAAAGCACUUAAAGUGUAUGCAUAGGGGUGUUCAGUCAUAUCCCACUUUAGUGCCCUACUGAAAUCUAGACAAAUGCUUGUUUGAGAAAAUAGUCUCUUGAUGGAUUUGAUUUAUAUGAUUAUGUAAGGUUAAUGGUUGGUGAAACUGCUGUUCUUUAUUGGCAUGGAAACUUAAAUUCCCAAAAUGAGAUUUUUUUUUUUCCUCCCCUAAUGCACUUUCAGUCUUAGAUGGAAAUUGAAGAUCGUUUAAUAAAACCACCCUCCUCAACCCCACAGUCCUCCACUGAUUUAUCAGUGUAUCUGAUUCUUAGAAAUACAGACUGUCCAUUGGUUCCUAUACCACUGAUUAUAUUGUAAUGCGCCAUGUAUGUUAUCGGUAUGAUUGAGAUUAACCUGUCCCACUUGUUUAGCGCACCAGUAGUGAUUACAGAUUCACUUAUGCAUGCCAAGUGUUUAUGUAAAUAUUUAUUGUAUAUUUUUAGAGAGAAAUUUUGACGUGUUAUUUCCAGAAAUAUAUUUUCUAUGGCAUGCCCAUUUUACAGCUUCCUGACUUUGAACUGUACAAGAAGUGCCUGCAGUGUAUGUAUGGAGUAGUUUGCGUGUGAAGUAUAAUUGUUGUAAGAGGUGAGCAUGCAUUGUCAAUCACGUUUACUAUUCCAGCUGGAGGCAGAAUGCAUGGACCAGUGAAUUCUUAUAUCUGUGUAAACAGUGCCUGUACCACGCAUGCCAAAAGGAUGAGA